UCAAAACACAACACUACAUGACUCAAGCUAGCAACAGUGUAGCAUGACAGAAACGUUAGUAUCUUUACCUUGUAUUUCUAGACGUAGUCAGACGCAAUCAUCAGAAUAUCGAUCCACAGAUCGACCAAACACUCAGACCAGGGAUGCUUUGUCUCGACCGUCUACGUUAGGUAAGUCUGACUAAGAAACACUCAGCCGGCCACUUACUCAGUCUUACUGUAUAAUACCAUGCAUUAUUCGUAACUGCAAUACUUUGUUUGACUAUAUAUUUGUAUAUACAACUAUAUUUUCCCCAAGGUUCAAAUGAAACACGUGCAGACGAAAACCGACGAGAAUGUCUCACAUCGCUCUCGGCAUUAUACAGAUCUUCAUACAAGCCUUAUCAGUUUACACAUAUGUAUGGCACACAUUAUAACAAGAACUUUCAAGGCAGGUUUGCUCGACCACCUCAACCCGAAAGGUAUAGUACAUGAGAUAAUGGUUCUAAAGAAAAAGUAUUAUAAUUAUGACACCACGCAUGUAUACACAUCAAAGAGCAUGAAAUUAAACGGAGUAAAGUCAAGCCUAAAGUUCUGAUUUUUAGUUGGCAACAGUCAGUAGCACCGUAUAGCACUUAACCCUCUUGUCUCCUUAGCAACGCGUUGUUUGGCAUCAAGCUGAUACUAAGCAACACCUGAAAAGUCCACGAUAUUCUGUCAGAAUGUAUAUAGGCUUAAGUUUGUCUUAACUUAUACAUCACUCUAUAUUUUGGAUUCGUCAAUUGGUUUAUGUAUUAAUAUGUUUCAUUUUAUAUUAUCAAAUUGUCGCCUAUAUAUAUAUAUAUAUAUAUAUAUAUAUAUAUAUAUAUAUAUAUAUAUAUAUAUAUAUAUAUAUAUAUAUAUAUAUAUAUAUAUAUAUAUACAGAGAUGAUAUUAUAGAUGUCUGGAAGCAAAGUUUGCCCAAGCUUCUGGAUUUUACUGAUUUUAUCAACUCUCUGUAUCUUACCAUUAAAUUUGAGUUAGUUUAUUCGGAAAGAGUUAAAUGUGUUGGACCUCACCUUACGCUUGGAGAAUGGCUUUAUUUCCACUGAUGUUUAUGCAAAACCUACAGAUAGUCAUUUAUAUUUGCCAUACUCAAGUGCACAUCCUAUACAAUGUAAGAAUACUAUCCCGUACGGAGUAGCCUUAAGAAUUAAGCGAAAUUGUUCGGACAAUAGUGAUUUAAGCAAGAGGUGUGAGGAAUACAAAAGAUAUUUAGUUCGUCAAGAAUAUCCAAAAUCAUUAGUUGAUAAGGAAUUUAAUAAAGCUUUAAAGGUGAAUAGGAAAGAUUUGUUGCAUGCUAAAGUUAAACCUAAAAAGAAGGUUUAUCCCUUUGUGACAGAAUUUAAUCCUAGGGCUCCUAACAUCUCACAAAUUAUAAGUAAGCAUAAGCACUUGAUCUCCACACCUGAGUGGAAAGAAAUUUUUCCGGACAAGUCUAUAAUAACUGCCUACAGAAGGCCAAAAAACCUUAAGGACAUUUUAGCACCAUCAAAGUUUGAUAAGCAGCAUGUGUUGGCAGAAAAUCAGAGGCCAGGUUGUUUCAAGUGUAAGCGAAAAUGUGAUUUGUGUAAUAAUUUCUUGAAGGAGACUGACUGUUUUAGGAGUUUUAGUACCGGUCGGUCAUACAAAAUCAAACAAGAAAUGAAUUGUGGUACCACUAACAUAGUUUAUUUAAUUUCCUGCAAAAAAUGCAAUGUUCGCAGUUGUUGGAUCCACAUCUACUGAAUUUAAAGUCCGUUUUCGUUUUCGUUUUUUUUCGUUUUCGUUUUUUUUCGUUUUCGUUUUCGUUGUUUUUUUUACCACAAGUCAGCUAUGCUUACGGAUAAGAAAGUUUGUGAGAUGGCCGUUCAUUUUAAUGAAAAUAAACACGAAUUUAAGGAUUUGGAAUUUGUAGCCAUUGAAAAAGUUGACUUAGUGAAUGGCGAAAAUGCCAAUAACCCUUUAUUGACCAGAGAAGCAUAUUGGAUGGCACAGCUGUGUACAAUUAGCCCUUAUGGCCUCAAUAAGAGAUCUGAACUUCGAUCAAAAAAUAGGAUCCAUUACAACUUGUAAUAAUUAUUAUAAUUAUAACUAGCAAGCCAUAUUAUGGUAAUUUUGAUCCUACUAUUGAUCCUCAUUAAUUUGUUUACUAUACAUAAUAUGGUAAUUUUGAUCCUGCCAAUGCUAUAAAAGCUAGACAUUGUUAAAUUGUAAUAUAAACUGAUGAAGGCAGAACUGCCGAAACGUUUUUAACUUUUAAGCUUUUUUUAGUAUGUUUUAGUUUUUUUAAUAAAUUGAUGGUCGAAGUUGCAUAGUCUCUGAUUUUUAAAUUGAUUAUAUAUAUAUAUAUAUAUAUAUAUAUAUAUAUAUAUAUAUAUAUAUAUAUAUAUAUAUAUAUAUAUAUAUAUAUAUAUAUAUAUAUAUAGUGAGAUUCUACUCGUGAUGUAAUGUGUAAGUGUUUAGAUCUUCUUUCGAGUAUGAGCCGGGAAAGCAGAAAAUUAAUUCUACUUGACCACGGCUGGGAAUCGAACCCGCAACCUUCGCAUUUCUAGAACGGCGCUCUACCUUCUGAGUUACAAGGCCAAGCUGGGAACGACGUUAUUUAUUUGUGAUGUUAAUGACAUGGACGAAUUUCUUCCUUUCCAUGCCUGGUGCCAUCAUAGUUAAUAUAUAUGACAUGGUUUGGAAACCCUUUGUUUUAGGUGAUUUUGUACCUUGUGCAGGGUCACGCUUUAUCUUUCUAUUGUUUGACAAUAGUCAGUUCAGAAAGCUUGGCGAAGGGAAUGGGUACCAAGUAUUUGUUAUGCCUACCAGGGCUAUAUCUGCAUGACGGCAUAUUUUGGAAAUAACGAAGUAUUAGUGUAUUACCACCAUUUUUUUUUAUUACCACCAUUUUUUUGUAUAUAUAUAUAUAUAUAUAUAUAUAUAUAUAUAUAUAUAUAUAUAUAUAUAUAUAUAUAUAUAUAUAUAUAUAUAUAUAUAUAUAUACAAAAAGAGAGAGAGAUACAUAUACCGAGCAGGCCAUAUAAUUAAUAGAUAAAUCAGUCAAUCAAUAAAUCAUCUACAAAUACACUCAUGCAUGAAUAAAGUUCUGGUCAAAAGUUUCACGUCGACUUACUACUCACAUCACACAAAGCAGGUCUGCAGGUGGUAUACUGUGCCAGUUUAAAAGUGCACAAUGUUGAACAUUUUUAACGUACGGUACCUAGGCCUAUUAUUUUUUCAUAUUAUAUAUUCUUGAAUGAUCUGUGACCAUAUUUUCCCGAUUUUAUUAGGCAGCCAACCGCAAGAUACGCACCAAUAAAUUAUUCAUCUCUGAAGACAACCUACCAACAGGAAUUUCGUGAUAAAGAACCCAUUGCAAAACCGUUAAUUUUGCCAUGUUCAAGACAUAGGAUGAAUAAACCGCAUCCUAAUUUGACUAACACUUGGAAAUAUCCAAACAGCGUAAGUUAAAAACUGGUGCAGUAUAGUAGUGUAUAUAAAUGUUAAAGAAUUAACAUUGUCAUUGAAUUUUGAUAUAGUCAUCUACCGCGUAUAUAUGUAUAUCAGUGUCAACUAUUCCGCAGUCUGAUUGAUAUUGAGCUACUCACCGCAUGUGGCUCAUAUACGACGAGCACUACGGAGUUACUUUGAUUGCUACAAAAGUCAAAACAUCUGUAUAAAAUAUCUCAACUUUUCUGUCAGCAAUACUGUUCUAAAACCAUUUAUCUUAUUUUAUAAUUUUUAAAACACUGAAAAACAUGUCAAAUAUAUGCUUUGAAAUAACCAAAACUAUACUAGGCCUAUAUUUACUCUAUUUAGAUCGAGCACCGGCCCUUUAGAAUUUCGUGAAUCACCAAAGACUAAUUACAUUUAAUCAAUUUACUUUGUACUCAGUUAUCUCGAAUCUCAAGCCCUCUCGAACACUUAAUGUAUGUCAAUGAAAUCGACUCACCGAGAUAGAAAAUGAUCCCCUUUUCAAGCCCCUUUUAGUGUACUGGAUUAUUUUCAUUUCGAAUUCAAAUUUAAGAACUUGAACAAAAAUGGCGUGACAUAUAUAGGUUAUUUGCCAAGUCUUACUAAAAGUUAAUGGUUAAAACUUUAAAAACUUUGCAAAACUGAAGGUUUGCGGCCGAGCUACGCGAUGCCAAGUGUUUCCUAUAUACAAAUAGGUAACUAGCAUUUGGGCAAUUCCCAUGCAAACGUGGGAAAAUGUGAUUUCAACCAACCGCUUUAAAUCGGAUAUCAUAUUUGACCAUUUUUGAUCGCAUGCAAUGGUACAAAAAGGUAAAUCUAUACUCUAAAAACACUCUGGUUAAAUUUGGGUUAAUUCAACCAGUACGGGGUUAAAAAUCCACCUACACAAGUCUGGUUAAAAAAAAUUAACCAUUUUCCUGGUUAAAAGUCCAAAAAAGUGUACCAAAUUUUUGUUGAAUUGAUAAUUUUUAACCAGGAAAUGGGUUAAAUUUAACCAGAAUGUGUUAGGUGGAUUAUUAACCCAAUUCCUGGUUGAAUUUAACCAGAGUGUUUUUAGAGUGUAUAUAAACCUAAAGCACGAUGGGUUGGAACAUGGCAAAUUUGGUUUAUUCCUUUUAUUAUUUAUAUAAAUACCAUUAUAAUAUAAAUAUACCAUAUUUAUAAAUAAUUAAAACUGGUUGAAGUGCAUGCAUGCAUGCAAACCUGAAAUUUUGCGAUCUAGCUCAGGGAGGUUUCAAUCAUGAGUAAUUACCAACCCUAAUUGCCCAUCAAUGUAUGAACGCUUUAUAUACCCGUCUUGUACUUAACGCGUACAAAGAAUGUUCCAUAUUCCAGCUAACCCUGCAUGAGCACUUGGUUAAUAACAGCUAUGGAUCACCACGUCGAAGUGCAUGGCAAUUAGUUGGGACAGAUAAAGCCGGUUUUCCAUUAGGCGGAAUUUUGCGCGCGGAGUGAAAUUUUUCUUUGUCUUUUCUAAUUAGUUCCACCCGAGAAAUCACAAGACAAAGAAAAAGUCCGCUCCGCGCGCAAACUUCCGCCUAGUGGAAAACCGGCUUAAGGUAUACUGGCAUGGGUAUAGGGAGGUGAAAAGAAAACGAAAAAAAGAGGGGAGAAAGUGGGGAAGGGAGGGCCGGGAAACGUUGAACCGAAAAGGAAAGCUUGGUUACCGAGGUUCUUGCCCUAUAUGCUAAACGCUGAUACUGUAUUUAGCGAAGCGAAUCAACACACACUGCUAACUUGUUUUUAUUGUUAUAUAAGCUGUAAUAUUUUGUAAUUGUACAAAAUAGUACAGCUUUAAUGAAUGUUAUUAGAACAGGAAGCUACAGGGUUUAUAUAUCACAGUCAAUUGUUUAAAUCCAUUGAAUGUUUAAAUCGCAUUAAAAGCCCGAUCCCAUUCACUGAUGCAUGGUGCUAAUCGACCUUGAUUAUUCCAGGCGCACUUGAAAAUUGAUCAAUAUUCAAUGUCGAAAAGUAUUCAGAGUGUUUUAUUAAUACAUUAUGCCCACUAUGUUAAUUAGUUAGAAACAUGUUUAUAAUUCUUUAGUUUCGUUGGAUAUGGAGUGGAAAGCGCCCAGAGCAAAGUUCCUUGGGAACGGUUGAAGAAGACGAAAUUGAAAAUAGAAAGACAAAAUCAGCAGGUACCGCUUCAUUUAUCAAAUAUUGUAUCAAAAUAUUUUGAAACACGCGACAGCGUUUUAGAACUGUAGUGCUUUUUCCAAAUUCAAAUUAAUUCACCGUCAUCGGAAAGGUGGCCAUGGCGCUGCUCAUUAUAUGCCGUUUAAGAGGAAAGUUUAAAAUAUGCAUGGGAGAAUGGGAGUUGGCAGUCAUUCGAUCUUAGUUAUGGUGUACCAACACUAUCAUGCAUGUAUUGUAUUGUAUUGUAUUGUAUUGUAUUUUAUUGUAUUGUAUUGUAUUGUAUUGUAUUGUAUUGUAUUGUAUUGUAUUGUAUUGUAUUGUAUUGUAUUUAAGUUAAGACAUAGUUGGAACACUCGUCAAACUCUUAUUUUGUUAAUCUAUAGUGCUUGAAAUUUCCCUCACGGAGAAACUUAGCACAAACAAAGAAUGAUUUCAAAUUGUCGAAUAAAUACUUAGGGACCGGUCAUUAUUUAUGGCGGGGAGUGGCACCGAAGAGAAAGGGGUUGGGUAAACAAAAUGUUGAGUGAGUAAAAGAUUGGGUAAGUGAAAAACAAAACAACUAGUCAAGGGUUGGGUAACAAAAAUUUGUUGCCAUUUCCAAAGCAUCACUCAUUCAAAUAUUGAAGACUAAAAAGCAAUGUCAACAGUCAUAUAUCAAUACAAUGUGUAAGUCAAUCAGAGUCAUUAUCUUGGACAUUUUUCAGGAGGCAAAUGGUGUCUCCAAAGAAAAUACAUGUGCAGACAACAUGAAACUUUACAUUGCAGAAAAUUGCACAGUUAUCAAACUCAUGAAGUGUUAGAGGACAUGUGAAAACAACUGAUUGAUAUCCUUUUGUAAAAUAUUUGGCCAGGGGUGGGUAUUUAUUUUUAAAUUGAUAUUUGAGGUUGGGUAAAAAUAUUUUUGACUUUAUAAUUGUUGGGUCAGCAAACUUUUUGCCAGGAAAAACAUUUCUCUUUGGUGCCAUCCCCCACCAUGCAUAAAUAUAAUGACCCCACCAUUAAUUGUUUGUCAAAAAUAUUCACUGUGGAAUGUACCCGGGUAUUUUCAUUGAAUAAAUUAUCUAGACGGUGUCUACAAUGUCAAAACAUUGAUAAAUAUAAUUGAAAACCAGAAAUCAAAGAAAUAUUUUCACUUCAUUUGCCAAUGAAAUAUAUUACUUUAAUUUAAAUUAAUGGUUUCUAUAUAAAUUUCAUUCGAUGCAUUUUCUCUUUUUAAUAUAUGUGAUCUUUUAAUUCUAUAGGAAUUUUUACCGGAAAAACACGAGAUAUAAGGAUGCAUAGGUGGUGUUCAAGAUGAGAGUUUAAUAUAACGCCAUGCAUGCAAUUAAUUUUUAACAUCAUUCUACAAAAUUUAAAUAGAAACAACCAAUUAGUUAUCCCCGCAUCGUUCCGGGCGUAAGCCCGGGGCGAGGGUACUAAUUCCGCCCGGCUAUUUACACCCGGGGAAACGAAAGCAUUAGCGAAGUCUAAAGUACAUCAAUGAUCGCGGGCGUGACCAACCCUGAACGAUAUUGAGUGGGUGAUCAUCCUCACUGAUCUCAAAAUAUGUGGCGGACUGUCAUGAAUAGCGAACACUGAUUGGUCAAUUUAAAAUUUGUUGUUGUAUGACAAAUGACAACAGUGAAAUAACAAACAUUUCUUGCAAAUCAGCAAAUAUAUUGUGUUUUUGCCUCCGUUUUUGCAAGAUUUUGCAAAUUUCAAAACACCUUUUUGAGAGCCAAAAACCGUCUGAAAACGUCUAAAAGAAUGGAGCAAAGUCGCCGGCGUUAAUGAAGGUAAGUUUGUUUUUAAUUUGAUGUAUUGUUUGCUUUUAGUUUUAAGAACAUUUUAAAACGUUUUACGAAGCGUUUGUGUUUGAAUUUUACAUUAAAUUGACGCUUAUAUUACGUAUAUAAUAACAUACCUAGCAUAUAUAUGUUUGAGAAAUUGAUCAUUUUGUAAUUAAAAGUGAUAUUUUGGGGGGAUUUUUCAAUUUUAACUAACUAUUCUUAUAAUAUCGUGUAACCAUGACAAUACUUCAUGUUUGGAAUUCAGAGGCGAGGGUUUUGCAUGCAUGUAUUUUCUAGUUAUAUAUUUAACAAUUAUACCAUGAGCUCGAGUCGUAUAUGAGCUGAUAGCCGACGAGGUAUAAGUAGCACCGAGUCGGAUAUCAGCCAUAUACGACGAGAGCGAAUGGUAUAAUUGUUAGCCAUUAAUUGAAGCAAUAAUUAAUUAUCCUCUGUUACAAUGUCUUGACAAUUUGUUCUCCCAAAAACCGCUUGGCCUUGAAAAUUUGAAAUACUUUACUGUUUUACAACUCGAAGACGAAGUGAAAGAAAUGGUUUUAGGACCGAUAUAUCUCACAGAAAAGCUCAGAUAUAUUAUACAGAUGUUUGGUAGUAUAGUAAGUGCUUGUUGACUGCAAAUUCAUUUGUCUUUCGUUGCAAACUUUUCUGAACAAUUUAUAUUCUCAAUGAACAUGUUUUUUUCGCUGUUGCAUGUUUCGGUAUUAAUUCUUUAAAAAACUUGUAUUUAAACUAAUUUCUAUGUAAUAAAUGUAUUUUGCUAACCUGUC